GUGUCCACUUCAAACGAGCAAAGGCGGUUGGAACCGACUCCACCGACAAUGAGCCUGGUUCAACCGGUGCUCAUUCCGAUUGUAACUACAGAUAAAGUGAACACUUCGACCAGUUCUGACCUAUCCGUGAUCACCGUGCCAUGCUAUUGUCCUGACCAAGUGGUUGUUGGCCCCAUGUGGAUUCGUGGCUCGGGACCAGAGAUUUCACUAGUAACUUCCAAUCGAGUCACAGAAAGUCAACAACAUGCCAAUGAUCCCCACCUCCCCACCAUACCCGUUCCUUCUCAGCAACUUUCUGAUAGCGUUCACUUUCAAUCAUCCUCCUUUUUAACAAGGGAACAGUUUACGGAAGAAGAAGACAGCACGGAACGAUCCAACGUACCGGUUGACUUGUGUAAUUCUGCCAUUUGCCUUCAGAUGAUCUCCGAUAAGAUCGCCGAUUUUCCAUUAUGCGCUCUUUCCACGGAGAAAUCGACCGUCCCUUCCUCACACCUGGAGUCCGAUGGUGCCGAGUUAGUUACGUUUUUGAGUGAUUCUUCCCUGCUCGAUCAAACUGCUGCGUUGGAUCUCACCGAACCUCCGUCGUACAUCACUCUCCCCAUCGGUAACGACGUGAUGGAUCUUUCCGGUGAUGCUACAUUCGCAUUUACUCCUCCGGACCCGAUUGAUUUGAGCGCUCCGCAACCGCAACGAAAAGACAGCAUUGAUCGGACCAUGGUUGCCCAAGUUUCGGAUACAGGACCAAGCGAUAUUUUUGCGUGUACUUCUGCCUACUUGCGUUCGCAUCAACCCUUGUCUAAUUGGGAUCCGGAACCAGGUUUUAGUUUCACAGAUUUGCUCACAAAUAACGAUGUUGACGACCCCGAUACAAUUUUCAACUACCUUCUAUCAACUGACCGCAUGUCCGUCCAUUCCUCGCCGUGCAAGAGCUCAAUUUCGAUUACGUCCCAUACGGUGACCGAUACGGCUGUCAGUGCGCAACCUCCUUUGGAUUUACGUCUACCCCAUGCUCCUGUGUUUUCUUUGUGA